AUGCCAAUAGAUCCAAACGGCUCAACGGUCGUCGCUACUGAAUGGGCCCUUAUUUCUAUCGCGACCGCGGUAAUUCUAGCACGGUUGUAUCUCCGCCUCAUCCUACAAAGACGGAAUCUACUCGCAAGCGAUGUGUUCAUGUGCGCGGCAUGGGUUUCGGCGGUCGCUUUAGCAAGCUUCGACAUUUACUUCUUUCGUAUAGGCAUCUUCAAACCUGGCACUACAUUCGAUCUGGCCGGAUUUGAAGGAACUGCGGAGGAGGCCGAGAACUUCUACAAGGUAUAA